AUGAAGCAAGACGAGGUUGAAGGAGAUGAUUAUGAUGCUGACAAGAUCAAUUCUGAAAAAGAAAACAGAGAAAAAUUGGCAAAGAGUCAGGUGGUGGAAUUGGUUAAGACGGGAGAUCUUUUCCUCAACAAAACAGUUUUGAAAGCGAGGUUUGAGUUAUGUGCAAUGAAGCAUAACUUUCACUACACAGUUACCAACUCCAAUAAAUCAGUUUGGUGUAUUAGAUGCGCUGAUAAGGUGUGCUUUUGGGGUGCUCGAGCUGAGUGUUUGAAGGGCUCCACAUAUUUUAUUAUUAAGAAGUAUGUCGGUGUACAUUCCUGCGCACCUUCAAACAAAACCAGUGCCGGAAAGACAGCUUCAGCGAAAACGAUAGGCAGUCUGCUAAUGCAUAAAUAUGAAGGUAUCAAGGAAGGGCCUAAAGCGAAAGAUAUUGUUCAGAUUAUGCGUAAUGAUUAUGGAUCCAACGCUGUUAGAGGUAUUCCAGAGGAAAGUUAUGGGAAAAUACCAAAAUACUUGCACAUGCUGCGAGAGGUCAAUCCGGGUACACAUUCCUCUUACAAGACUGACGUCGAUGGUAGAUUUCGAUAUCUGUUUAUAGCGUUUGGUCAAUCGAUCAGAGGUUUUAAUACAGUCAUGAGGCGUGUCAUUGUCGUCGAUGGAACAUUCUUGAAGAGUAAAUUCAAAGGGGUGCUACUGGUUGCAACUGCUAUAGAUGGAAAUUCAAAUUUAUAUCCUAUUGCAUUUGGGAUAGUAGACUCUGAGAAUGAACAGUCUUGGGAAUGGUUUAUGAGACAAUUAAAAGUUGUUGUUGCUAAUGAUAAUGGUUUGGCUUUUAUUUCGGAUAGACAAGUGUCAAUAGCGAAGGCACUGGAGAAAGUGUAUCCGCCAGUGAGACAUGGUAUUUGUAUUCAUCAUUUGUUGAAUAAUGCGAUAUCGUAUUUCAAGGGGAAGGGAUUAGCUGGGUUGAUUUCUAAGGCUUCAAAGGCUUAUAGAGUGGUUGAUUUCAAGAAGACGUUUGCUCAUGUUUGCAAUAUCAGUCCAGCAAUUGGAAAUUAUCUUAUGGAAGCAGAUGUCAAAAAGUGGGCUAGAUGUCAAUUUCAUGGAUACAGGUAUGACAUUAGGACAAACAAUCCUGCAGAGUCGAUAAAUUCUGCGUUGCGUUCGCCGAGAGAGUUUCCCGUAAUUCCUUUGUUGGACAGUAUUAGAGAAAUGCUGACACGCUGGUUUUUUAAGCGUAAGCAAUCGAUUUUAAAGCACACCCACCGUUUGACCAUAAAUGUGGAGGAAAAGAUUGAUAGGAGAAUUGGAAAGGGGGAAACUUUCAGAGUUUACCGUGUAACCGAUAGCCAGCUGCUUGUUAAAGGCGAUACAAUUGACUGCUUUGUUGAUUUGGACAAACGGACUUGUUCUUGUGGGAAGUACGACCUCUUGAAAAUCCCUUGUAGACACGCAAUAAAAGCUGGUUUCUUUGUUGGUAGAGAACCAUAUACAUUGACUGAUUUUUUGUAUACCAUGGGAGCUUGGAGAGAAGCUUAUCAAGAAAGCAUAAAUCCCAUUUCAGUUCCUGAAGAUGGUUGGUCUGUUCCACAAGUAGUGGAAAAUUCUGAAGUGCUACCGCCUGAGAUAAGAAGAUCUCUUGGAAGAAAUAGAAAACGCAGAUAUGAAACUGUUGAAGACAAAAUCCGAUCAUCACAAGGAUCACAGGGGGAUCAGCUUCGUAAGUGCAGUAGAUGUGGUCUUGGUGGUCAUAAUAAAGCAACUUGCAAGAUGCCAAUAUAG